UCGAAUAAAAUUGAGGACGAAACAGAAAAAGAAAAAUGGCGGCGGCCAUGGAAUGCAAAGCAAACUAAUUUCGUCCGGAGUCCACUCCAUAUUUACAAUCCAGUUUCACUGAUUCUACAUUAAUUUAUGUUACUGAUAUCAUGAAUUACAGGUUAACAGAUGAAAACUGGUUGCCAUAGUAACAGAAAGAAAUGAGCAACAAGGAUCAAUCACCAUCUGUCGGUGGGACUGGGAAGACUGGGUCAGGACAACACUGGUUCAUCUCGGAAAUACAGCAGAUGAUGCAUGCACUUGGUGAUUGCAGACGUCCAUUACAGGAGUCGGCUAUAAUGGUGGAGGAAAUUACUCAGCAGCAAAUGACAACUCUGCUGUAUAGAGCAUCAGACGUAGCCACAAUGAGGGGGGCUAAACUUAUUGGAGUAGAAGAUAUACUCUUCCUAAUGAAGAAGGACAAGGUGAAGUUGCGUCGACUAUUACGUUACAUGGAUAUGAAAGACACGAAGGCUGCUAUACACAGAAGUGCUAGUGUUGAUGAUGAAGAAAAUUCAGAGACUGCUGAUGCAAAGCCACAUCAAUCUGGAAAGAGGAGAAAAGUUUGUUAUGAAUUCUUGUCUUCAAUAGAUCAAACAGGAGAGCUUCUUGAUUUAUUUGAGGAUGAGGCAAAAGAUGAUGUAAAAUAUGAAAGAUUACUGAGGGCAGAUUUAACAUCUAGAUGCUUGGACCCAAAACAAUACUUAGAAUUUUGUGAGGCGAGGCAGAGCAGUUUUGCCAGGAAGCAUAAAUCACAGAGGUUUAAAGACUGGCUGUUAACAAGUAUCAACCUGGAUGUCAAACCCAACCUACAUGCUGUAGAACUGAUUGCUUAUCUAGCAUAUGAAACUGUGGCACAGAUUGUUGAUCUUGCCUUACUGGUCAAACAGGACAUGUUAGCUGACACAGUUGAUCCUGUGACUCGGACUUUACCUAGUAUCAGUCAUAAUCUAAACCAGACAUCAGCUAUGAUAGCUGUAAUGGGGCAGUCACAAACUAACCCGAACCUGACAUCACCAACUGCUAGUCCUCCUGGCACACCUAUGAGUCAGUCAGCAAGUUCUACAGGAGGUACCCAGGCAACAGGGUCUGGUGGAAAGUCAAAACCUAAGAAGAAAAAGAAAGCUAAUUUACCCCACUCACUGGAGUCAUCUGUAGUGAAAGCCAUACAACCGUCUGAUAUACAGGAGUCUAUGAGAAGAUAUACAGCCUUCGUUGGACCUUUUGCCUCUCAACUUAAGUUCAAUUCCCAGUUGUCACCAAAAUUGAUCACAUUAAGUUGCUAGCAGGUACCAGUAGUUUCUUGAGAGCUGGACUCCGAGUGUUGCAGAAUGAAUUCUAUACUAUAAUGAAUUGUGUAUGCAGUUAUAGUCGAUCUGUAUGGAAUUGUAAGCAGUGAAUGUUAGAAUCAGUUUGAGUAUAGUAUCUUCAUCAAAGUAUUCGCAGGACGAAGUUGAUGGAAACACUACAUUUAGCAUUACAUUGUUUAUAGGUGGUUGCAUUUAAAUGCUAGUAUGUGUCAUUUACAGAACUGUAAGAAGAGACGUUAUAUUCAGUGCAGAGAAACUAUGACAGUGACAAACACUUAUAAAAUGAUAAAGUGUUUAGGCAGAAGACGGAGAAAUUAGGGAUUUAUGCUCAUUGGAGAUCAGAAAACUUUAGGACUGCUAUCAGUGCUGUAGGCUUCAUUUUCAGAAGAGUUAUGAACUACUAAUAUUCAUUUCCCUGUAUUUAACAAUUCAUCUGUUUUGCUGAAAAUGUGAACAGCUCUUUUUAUUACGAGUUACAUGUAUACAAAUUUUAGUAAAACUCUGUUUUGAUUUUACAAAAAUUAACCAUUAAGAAAUGUAUGGAUUUUUAGUUAAAUUGAUCUGUGGAAUAUCUUGCUAAAAGUGCAAUAUGUAUUUUUGUUUAUUUUGCAAAAGUAUAAGCAUUCAAAAAGAAUAUUCAAUAUCUGAGAACAUAAAAGGCAGCAUUAGGGAUGUCAGUCAUACAAAGAAGUGGUUUAGCCUUGGAAACUGGUAUGUGAAGAAAGUGUCACGGGUUCAAGACGUUAUCUUUUUUAUUUGCAAUCAUUAAAAAUGGAAGUUGGUUAGACUUUUACAUAGUGAAUUUUUUAUCUUAUAUUUUACAAUACAGUGUUAUUCAAACUCAAAUAAGCUACUACAUUGUACUGUUGAACAGAUUAUGUAAAUAGCAAAGUUUGUUUUGGGUUUUUCAACAGUAUUUCAGUUAUGUAAUGGCUGAAUGCACCUAAUGCCAUUUUCUUUUAAAUGUGUGUUUCAUGGAGACCAGUCUUUUUAUGUCAAGGAUUUCUAUCUACAGUUUGACAGAUUUAUGACUAAGAAUAUUGAAAAUUUAAAUUUGGACAUUUUCUUUAUUGUACCAGGCUUGAGCACCAACCAGUCCGUCGGGCAAUCUGCAGAUGUAUAACACAAAAUGGUAUAAAAAGCUAGAAAAUGAAUAUAUUGUUGUCCAUCAGUGUCAUUAAAUGACCAUGAAAUACACAGGAAUUUCAGCACUGUUUUAUCAUGUUGAUGUCAUUUCUUAUUGAAUUACCUGUUAUGGGGCCGUUAUAUGUUUGGAUGGGGGAAGGAGCUUGCAAUUCUUGUUAUAGACACAGUCUUUUUGUAUGUUAACAAUUUUGUACAUGUUUCCUAUAUAUCAUAAAUUACUUUAUGAGCAUUUAUUUAUUUGACUGAAAUUUAAUGCAAAUUUUGAUUCCACAUCUCAUUUUUUUUUUCGAUGUAAAUGAGAUGUGAAACCAAAAUUUGUAGUCCUGUUUGGCACCAUAUAACCUAUACUGUGUUGGUGCGCCGUAAAACUCAUAUAAAUAAAUAAAUAAAUUGACUGAAA